AUUACCCUUCCUCUUUGUGGUGCGUUUGUUUGUGUGUCGGCGAGUCCCGGCGGUGUAACCGGAGAGGGGCCUCAGUGAGAGGGAAUGCAGGACUGCAAUGGAGCACAAUGCAAUACAGUGGUUGGGUGCUCCCUCCUGUCAGCGAGGCAGCUACGCCUUCUACAAGUCGGUGAGCAGCAAAGCUGAGCCUGAUGGGCCGCUGCAAGUGUGGAAGCUCGGGGAGUUUUACUUCAUCCGAUGUGGACCGCAGGAUCCCGUGUGCAUCGCUGAGGUGACCUUACUUUGGGAGGAUCAGGCGCGACGCCAUCUGCUGGCCAGCGUCAGACUGUACUUCUUGCCUGAGGACACACCGAAGGGAAGGACCAGGGAGCACGGAGAGGAUGAGGUUCUGGCAGUCUCAAGGAAGAUGGUGGUGCGAGUGGAGGACUUGGUGCAGUGGGCAUGUGGAGAAGCGGAGGGUUGGAGCAGCAGUCCGAAGCCACCACCCACCGGGAUCAAUGGCAUUCACAAACCUCCACAAAGCAACAAUGUCAUGCUGACUGAGAACAGCGAGCUCCUGGACACGACUGAUGAUGGCCAGGCAAAGCAUCAGGGUAUCAAAGUGCUCAGCUAUCCGCAGUACUGCCGCUUCCGGUCCUUGCAGAGACGCAUUCAAGACAGAGCAAGAGGGCCGGCCCUGCACGACCCCCAUCUCCUAGCACUGGGUGGCAUCAAAGUGCUGCCCGACACCAGACUAUUGUACUGCCGGGACACAUUCAACCACCCGACACUGGAAAACAGCGCCUGCUUCUCUUGGCAGUUCAGUUGUCCAACUCUAAGUCUUCGAGGACGACCUCGCAAGAAGAGGGGCCGCGACGGCAGAGACUCACCAAAUUCCAGCCAGUCUGAGUCCUGGAUCGAAAGGAUGAAGGAGAAUGUGAUGGGCAGCGUGGAGGUCAGCUGUGAGGGCAGCUGGCUGCCUCAUCCUGAGGAGCAGCUCUUCCUGGAUCAGCUCUUCACCUUCAUGGACAGUAACGGCUCCCCCAUCCACAAAGUCCCCAACCUCGGCUUUAAGAAGAUCGACCUCUUCCUCAUGUACUCGGUGGUCAGACGGCUCGGAGGAUACAAAAAGGUGACAUCGGAUCGUCUGUGGAAAGUGGUGUAUAAUGAGCUGGGAGGAUGCCCCGGCAGCACCAGCGCUGCCACCUGCACCAGGAGACACUAUGAGAGGCUGAUGCUACCUUAUGAAGAACACCUCAGGGCAGGAGGUGCAGAAUUCAAAAUCCCAGAUUCCCCUUUGCCUGUGAAGCCCAGAGCAGUAAGAGGAAGGAGACCUCUUCCAAGAGGCAGAAAACCUGGACCAAAACCCAAGGAGAAGAAGCCGGACAACCUCGUUCGUCGUCUUCCUACUAUCAUGAGCGCAAACAGUGCUGUGUCGGUGAAAAGAGGCCGAGGCCGACCGCCAGGCACUCGCAACAAGGCCACGCUGAUCGCCCAGGCCAAGCUGCAGGCCCAGCAGCAGGCCAGAGGGAAAGUGGGAUCAGCAUUAACAGAGUCUCUGCCACAAAGUUGUCUGCUUUUAGCGAAAGGCAGAGGAGGCCCGACAUCCAGCAACACACACAGGCUCAUCCAGCCGGCCCUCCUCCCCGGUGCCAUGCCUCUGACUCCUGACCUGUCGCCCAUGUCCACCCCCUUCCUUCCCUUCCAGCACCGAGCUAAAGAGCCGAAGCCCGACCAAGGCGAGUCUGUGGCUCCGGCCCCCGGAGUGCUCCUCUCCACUCUGCCCCGCCACUUUGUCGGCGGGUCUCUGGGCGGCUUCAGCCCCAUCAAAGGUGUGUGUCCCCUGGACGUCUUCAGGAGUCGGAUGAACCUCCAGAGAGGCCCGGAGAGCCCGGCCCUGACGCCUCAAGACCCAGCGCAGCAACGUCAGACCAUCUACGCCAUCCAGGCCAAAAGCGGGAGUCUGGAAAACCCUCAUCUCAGCGGGGACCAGCUGCACAAUCACUGCUCAGGUUGUACGGUGGAUGAGGGAAGCCAGAGAGGAGGCAAUCGGGACGCCAGGAACCGGCCUCACCUGCCCCCUCUCCGGGUCCUGCCUCUAAACCUGGACUGCAGCGUUCAGGUGUGCCAGCUGAUGAGGACUCGUCAUUUGGAUUCCUCUCAGUUGCAGACCUUCACCCGUCGGCUUUCAGAGGCCCUGUCCCAGGACCUGACCACCAAGCCCCCCUGUUCCCCCAUCACUCCUCCCCCAGAGCAGGCGCUGCCCCUCAACCUCAGCAAACGAUUCGCACCUAAGAGACCCAGCGCAGAAGGAGCAGAAACCAGUCUGCAAAUGACGAAUGGAAACGUAGAUCAGCCGUUGUCCAAGAGGUCGAGAAGCAGCUAUGAGCAAGUCCAAGAUUUCAGCCUGGGGGGGCGGUCCGGCUCAGAAGGAAGUGCGGGAGGAGUGGAGGACGUGGAGAUGAGGAACCAAGAGGAACCGGCGGAUUUGAGCUCCCCCAGCAGGAUCCGGGCCUUUUUGCUCGGGCUCCCGCCUUUCCAAGUGAAACUUGAGGAGGAUCUGAACGGGAUGAGGUUUGGGAAAUUCUCUCCUUCAGUAUCUGAGGCUGAAACCCAGAGAACUGAAGCUGAGAAAGGAGAAGGAACCAUGGCGGUAAAGACGGAAGUGAAAAAUGAGGAGGAGGUUGGAAAGGAGCAAACUGAGAAAAUCAACAAACUACAGAAGUUGGAGGAGAGAGAUCGCGCCCACUGCUCCGGUCCUCCCGGUCCCGGUCCUGCAGAGCUGACGGGACCCGGAAGCGCUAACACUGACACUCACUGCUUUUAGCAUUUUCCUCUUUAAAUACUCUCGUUUUGUGACCUGAUGCCUGAACACAAGUAAGGAAAUUGUCACUUUCCGAAGGUGGACACCUGUCCACCGAGAGAUCCCAUGUUGGCUCUUGAUGUUGUUAAGGCUUGAACACACGGAAGCAGGGAUGUUUCCUUUCUUCUUUUGCAACACCUGGCCUCACACCUGUAUCUCUUCUCAUUUCCGUUUUUAAAUUUUCAGUGGGAUUGAAUUUUACAGAGGAACAACAAUGUUGAGACUCAUGACAAUCAUAGAUCAGUUUCUCUUCCUUUCUGUUGGUUCUCUCUCUUCACGGUAAAAGCAAAAGGAUCAGGAGUGAGACUGAAUCUUGAAAGAACACUGCCAUAACCUCCCAUAACACUAUAACUCCACUAUUCAAUGUUCUGUUGAAAUAUUGAAUACGAUCAGCAUUAGUUAGAAUAACAAUAUGACUUUUAUUGGUGAUGCUAUGCAUCAAGACUUCAUUGAAUCGCAUCUAGAGUGUACUGUAGUUUAGUAGUUUCGAUUUAAAAUUGUACUCUACUUCUGUAGAGAGAUGGUUAUUUUCUGAUAAAAAAGCUUAUAUGUAAUCUGGAGCUCUGAGUGCAAAGCUCCUCGGUCUUCACAUUAUAGCGUGUUAAGUGAAGCAUUUCUAUAGUCCUGCUUGUUAGCUCAAAUUAUGUAAACCUUUCUCAAACACACGUGCCUUAAAGGGCCUGCGAUCUGCCUCAUCGCUGCCUUUCAAAUACAUCCACUUAAAGAGAUAUCUUGACGUUGGACCGGAUAUGUGAGAGACUUUAAUCUCCCCGAUCAGAGACAGAUUUGAUCAGACAUGCCAGUGCUCAUCUCCAACUUCACUCAUCAUAACAAGUGUUUAGACUGGACCCUCCUGCUAAUGUUCGUUUGCCUUAUCUGUAAUCACACAAUCGUCACUACCGCAACUGUUGACAUCAUACAUGUAGCCAAACAUUCAGACUACCUCAGCUUCUGUUUUGGUUGAGUUUGUUUUUUGUUUUUUUUCUCUCUUCUUCUUCUUCUUCACCUGCAUCAUCUUCUUCAGGAGGUUUGAGACCGUCUUAGCACCAGCUUGGGUAGAGUCUCCUAUAAACAUCUCUAGAGUCUGUGCCCACUGGGUGUGAAGGAUAAGGCUGGCAUGUAUUGAAUAUCUUUAAAUCGAUUCAAAUGGUUCAGAGAUUGGAAAAUUGAAAUUAUACAUAUAUUGUUGUGUUUUUGGUCUUGUGACCAGAAAAAUGUGGAAUGUCUCAGCAACAAGGCCCAAACAAUUGGAAAAAAAUGAUAAAAUGAUAACAAUAUGAUAUUGCUGUCAUUGCCCUUGUUACAACCAAAAACGUAAUAAUGGCCAAUAACGUAAUAACUCCCAAUAACGUAAUAAUUUUGGCCAUUUCAAAUGUAAUA